UGUGGGAGUUGGUUGCCGUGAAACUGGUUAGCCUUGGUAGAGGUCCUUCAAGUAGACACACGUUGAUCCGCGGAGAGCUCACGGCCUCAUUCUGAAAUUACUGGAACGAUAUCGAUAAAUCCUAUCCAUCCGCUAAACAAGCAUGACGGACAUAUUGACAAUGGUUGACAUCAUCUACCCCAAACUUCGUAUAUUCACGGACGGGGCUAGAACAGCCGCCCUCAUCAUUAACAGGUUAAAACAUGGCAAAAAACAACCAAAACAGGCGAAAAGGACGGAUCAUGGGAAAAAUAAGCCUCGGUGGGAUCCAAGGAGAGAUUACUCUCAGCAAACUUGGGAAGAUAACGUUCACUCGGCACAAUGGGCAGAAGACGAGAGGGACUCUGAAACGAACGUGAAUAUUUCAGAGAACAAACUUACUCCAAUAGAAUAUAAAGCAAUGGCGGCCCAUGUCACAACUGCCACGACAAAAUCUUGGAAGAAAUCUCUUCAGUUACGAAUUGUAUCGGUGGUCCGGCGGCUGUCAUUCUGUAUACCAAGAAAAACAAUUUCAUAAAUAGUCUCAAAAACUUGGUUCGGCAAAUCUUGAUUUUUUUUACUCAGGAAAAUGAAAUAGUAUAACCCAUAGAUUGGGCUACAGAGAAUUGUUAUUUUUGGUUUUGAAUGGUUAAAAACUGAUUUGUCCAUGUCGGUGUCAUAACUUCUCCACUGCACAUAUACAAGGGUUUAAAAAUGCCUUUUAAAGAUGAUAAUGGCAUAAUAAAUGGUUACUGACAAUCGAGCAAACUUGUACGUAUUUAUAUUCAUUCGUAUAUUUGUAAAUAAACGCAAAUUAGUUUCUGAUGA